ACCGCUUGCCACGCGAGCAGGAAGCGACGCACGGGAAGAUAAUGCGCGCGCUGUUCCGUUGGUCCGCGCGCCUCGGAGCUGAGAUUCUCCGUCCUGCCGGUGUGGGCAGUUUGGGAGGUUUUAGUGGCUUUAGUGGGGUCGGUACUGUUAAAAUGCUGCAUUACCGGACAGAGGAGAGGGGCCGCCCGCACUCAGCCGACUACAGGAUUUACUUUAAAACUUCCAGUGGUAAAUACAUUUCACCCUUUCACGACAUCCCCCUGUAUGCAGCUGAUCAACAGGAUAAUGAUGUACCAACAAAGAAGCAGAAAAGAGAUGACAAUGAGCUUCUCUUAAAUAUGGUUGUAGAAGUUCCCCGCUGGUCAAAUGCCAAGAUGGAGAUCGCCACUAAGGAAGUGCUGAACCCCAUCAAACAGGACAUGAAGAAAGGCAAGCUUCGCUAUGUGGCAAAUGUUUUCCCACAUAAAGGCUACAUCUGGAACUAUGGUGCACUGCCGCAGACUUGGGAGGAUCCCAGUCACACAGAUAAAGACACCAACUGCUGUGGAGACAACGACCCAAUAGAUGUGUGCGAUAUUGGUUCCAAGGUGUGCUCUGCUGGGCAAGUGAUUCAGGUGAAAGUUCUGGGUAUUUUGGCUCUGAUUGAUGAAGGAGAGACUGACUGGAAGGUCAUAGCCAUCAACACUGAUGACCCAGAUGCUUCCAAAUUAAACAGUAUUGAAGAUGUUCGUCUGAGCAGACCAGGUCACCUGGAGGCCACGGUGGACUGGUUUAGAAAAUAUAAAAUACCAGACGGCAAGCCAGAGAACCAGUUUGCUUUCAACGGUCAAUUUAAAGACAAGGACUUUGCCAUGGAAGUGAUUAAAUCAACGCACAACUAUUGGAAAGCCCUGGUGCACAAACAGACAAAAUGUGGAGAAAUAAUCUGUCAGAACUCAGCAGUAUGCGACAGCCCGUUUCAGUGCAGUGAUGCAGAGGCCGCCGCAAUAGUCAAUGCGGCUCCUGAAUAUGGAGAAGCUCUGUCACUUCCUGCAGAAGUGGAUAACUGGCAUUUCCUGACACAGUGAUCGUAGACGAAAGGUGAAGGUGUUACCACAACCCUCUCACAGACAUUGAGUAUAAAGCACUUGCAUUAAAACACUGAUUAGUCCAAAGGUUUUGUACUGUAUGAUCUCUGACACAGUCUUUAACUUAAACAGUUUUCUUUUGUUUUAAAUGGGUGCAUAUAAUUUUAGAGGAUCAUAAUUUCUUUGUAUUCCCCAACAAAGGAGUUUUGUUUCCCUAGUGAUAUACUAUAUUUUAUUACAUACUGUUGUCUCAAAUUUGCUCUGCAUUGCUUCAACAAAUAAUUUUUCAAUAUACAGCCAAACAGAAGUGCAUUUAAUUUUGUGCCAGGUGUUACAACACACAAUGAAGUUUUGUUUUCCAAAAGCAUGUCAAAGGCAGAAAUUAGUGUUAACUAUUCAGUGUUCCAAAUGCAUAUAACUUUUUAUUUUGAUAAAUAAAUAGAAUCUACAUGUC